AUGAGUCGUCUGAGUCGUUGCUUCAGGUCUUUGGAAUCCGCUGGCUUCUUUCGCGUCCUAGAUGACAGCCGAGUCGAGCUGCUUGCUCACGGACACGCCUAUGCCGAUCUGCUGAAACAACAGUGGCUAAGUCUGCGGCCGCUGGCUGCAUAUUUGGGCACUAGCGAUUCCUCUGAAGCAGUUUUCUCCACCCCCCUCCAGCGUUUUUCCUUCGCCCGCACCGAACGAUUCCGUUCCCACUUCGAGCAGCUGGUUCGAGAGCAUCCCCGAAAGGCAAAAUGUCCCACACUCCUAAAGCAUCUGUGCACCUCAUCCUCAUCCUCCUGCCAGCCCGAGCCCUUCUUAGGCCACAAGGCUCCCGUUACGCAUUUAAUUACCGACUUUUUGGUGGAGCCCUAUCGCGCCCUAGAGCACUUUUACAAUAUGCAGCGCGAGAGCAAGAUUUGGUGGAUGAGGUACUCUUCGAAUCCCAGUCGCUACCGAAUCGUACCCCACGAACUGCCGGUUGAGGUGGAUGCCAAACACUGUCAAGCCAUCGACAUCGUAUGUAGGUUCGGCGAAGAGGUAGGAGUGGCAGUAGAGCAACUGAGCAUGGUGAUGCUGCAGGGCGAUGAUUUCCGACUGCCCGAUGCGAGGACGGACCAAUCCCUGCCGCCGGCUGUCAUACGAUCUGUGAUUGAGCUGGAAACAGCCACCUGCGCUCUACUUUUGGAUGGCUGUGACCACGGACGCGAGACUCAAUCGCUGUUGCUGAACCGUGUUCUGGCGCCCUAUCAGUGUGGAAUCGCCUGCCUGAAAGGUGAUCCAGCCCAGCCAGGAGACUUGGCUGACCUUUGCCUUCACAUAAAAGACGUCCUUCACCGGGCAGGGCUGCGCCUUUGCCAAGGCGAUGGAUAUGCCCUGACAAAGGAUGCUUCCGAACUGAGGGAACAUAUGGAAAAAUCGGAUAUGCUGGGUGUGCCUUAUACGCUGCUCGUGAGCGAGCAAACGCUCCAAAACGGAUUGCUGCAGCUGCGCAGCCGAGACACCAGGCUGGCGGAGACCAUACACAUAAGCGAUGUACCAGACUAUUUACUGAAUAUAUUUAAACACUAAUA